AAUCGUUUCAAAGUCAAAGGUUAAACCAGUUUUAAAUACAAUUCUAUAUAAAGAUCUCUCAGCUAGUGCCUAGUGAAUAUCCAUAAAGCAAAAAGCCAUGGCUUCUUCUCUCAAACUUAUGCUCUUCCUUUGUCUCUCCAUUUUCCUCAUUGCUUCCACUGAGAUGAUGACAGUGGAAGGAAGAACUUGCGAGAGGCGAAGCAAGACAUGGACAGGGUUUUGUGGCAACACUCGUGGUUGUGACAGUCAGUGUAGGAGUUGGGAAGGUGCUUCACACGGGGCUUGUCACGCUCAGUUCCCGGGUUUCGCAUGUUUCUGUUACUUCAACUGCUGAAGAAAACAUACUCUUUAAGAGCUGUCUGAGUCCUCUUCAAGUGUCACUUUGUUGUCUUGUAGAUCCUAUAGUCUCUAUGGAUAAACCAUAAACCUUGAGCUUGGGUUUCACUAAUAAAAAUCUCCCUCUUGUGUUUGGGAGUUAACACUAUAUAUAUGUCUGGAGUGUCCUGACAUAAAUCUAUAAUAAGAGACUUUUCAUAUCUA